AAGCUGUCCCUUCCCAAUACUCUCUCUGUGCUCUCACGGUCCCACUCUCCAUUUUCGCUCCAAAUGGCGAAACGCAAGGGAGCAAGCGAAGAAGCGGCGCCGUUGCAGCCCUGCGUGGUCAAGAAAACCAAGAAAUCUCGGGCCGCCGCCGAGGCCAGUGUCGUCGGAGCACCGAUCUCCGUCAACGAAGCUCGUCAGAAAUGGCCCCAAAGAUACACAUCCACGAACAAGUUCAGAAAAGGCAGUGAUUCUAGGACUAAAGAUGAAUCUAUUGAAGCCGAGGAUAUAUUGCAAGCAAGGCGUCACUUUACAGAAGCUGUUGUUGAUGGCUGUAUCUACAAGCUUUACGAUUAUGCUUAUGUCAAAGCAGAAGAUGGACAACCUGAUUUUAUUGCAAAGAUUGUGGAGCUGUUUGAAACAAUUGACAGGGAACCAUAUUUUACAGCUCAAUGGUUUUUCAGAGCAGAAGACACUGUCAUCAAGGACCAUGCACAUCUUGUUGACCAAAAGCGAGUGUUUUAUUCAGAUAUGAGAGAUGACAAUCCGUUGGACUGCAUUGUCUCUAAAGUGGAAAUUGUUCAAGUUGCCCCCAAUGUGGACUUGGCUGAAAAAGAGAAAACAAUCCCACCUUGUGAUUUAUAUUAUGAUAUGUCAUAUUCUUUGAAGCAUUUGACAUUUGCAAACUUACUCACUGAAAAUUCUAGAACAGAGAGUGAUGAAUCUUCUACAAUUUCGAGUGAGAUUGGUUUGAACGGCACCACUGAUGGCAUCAAUUCUGCUAUUGGAGAGUCCUCACAAGUUCACAAAUUUCAGGGAUCUGGGAUGACCUUGUUGGAUUUGUAUUCUGGUUGUGGAGCCAUGUCUACAGGCCUUUGUCUUGGCGCAUCAUUAUCUGGUUUGAAACUUGUUACUAGAUGGGCUGUUGACAUAAAUCCUCAUGCAUGUGAAAGUCUUAAGUUGAAUCAUCCUGAAACUGAGGUAAGGAAUGAAGCAGCUGAAGAUUUUUUAUCUUUGUUAAAAGAAUGGGCAACCCUUUGCGAGGAUUUCUCUUUGUUGGGUUCAAGGCGGCCAGAAGUAGUGAAUCCUAUUUCAAACAGGUCUGGGAGUGAUGACGAGGAGGAUGAAGAUGGUGAUGGUGGUUCUCCAGUUCCCCGCGGGGAAUUUGAAGUGAAGAAGCUAGUUGCUAUUUGUUAUGGUGAUCCCAAUGAAAUAAAUAAACCUGGAUUGUAUUUUAAGGUUCGUUGGAAGGGCUAUGGUCCAAGCGAUGACACUUGGGAACCUAUUGAGGGUUUAAGCAAAUGUAAAAAGAGUGUAAAGGAAUUUGUUAAGAAAGGGUAUAGAUCAAGCAUAUUGCCCCUGCCGGGUGAUGUGGAUUUCAUAUGUGGAGGUCCUCCUUGUCAAGGAGUCAGUGGUUUUAAUCGCUUUAGAAACACAGAGGCUCCCUUGGAUGAUCCAAAGAACCAUCAGUUGGUGGUGUUCAUGGAUAUUGUCAACUACUUGAAGCCAAAAUAUGUUCUCAUGGAAAAUGUGGUUGAUAUUUUGAAGUUUGCUGGUGGUUUUUUGGGGCGUUAUGCAAUGGGGCGUCUUGUUUCCAUGAAUUAUCAGGCACGGUUGGGAAUGAUGGCUGCAGGCUCUUACGGUGUUCCACAAUAUAGGAUGCGUGUCUUCUUGUGGGGUGCUCAUCCUAUGGAGAAAUUGCCUCCUUAUCCAUUGCCAACUCAUGACGUUAUAGGAAGAGGGGUAGUUCCCAAUGAAUUUGAGGAAAUUACUGUUGGUUAUGAUAAAAGUGAGCUGUGUAAGUUGGAAAAGGCUCUUUUUCUUGGGGAUGCCAUAUCUGAUCUUCCACCGGUCACAAAUUAUAACGGUCAAGAUGAAACGCCUUAUAAUAAAGCUGCUCACACAGAGUUCCAGAGAUACAUCAGAUUGAGAAAGCAUGAUAUGGUAUAUUGCAGUGAUGCUGAGAAGAAUGCAUCAGAACCUCCAAUGCUUUAUGACCAUCGCCCUUUGCAAUUGAAUGAAGAUGAUAAUGAAAGAGUGUGUCGCAUUCCAAAGAAAAAGGGUGCCAACUUUAGGGACCUACCUGGUGUAAUGGUUGGUUCAGAUAACAGGGUGGAAUGGGAUCCUUCUAUGGAAAGAGUUUUACUUCCUUCAGGAAAACCUCUGGUCCCUGAUUAUGCCAUGUCAUUUGUCCGUGGGAAGUCUACAAAGCCAUUUGCUCGUCUAUGGUGGGAUGAAAUUGUCGCAACUGUUGUAACAAGGGCAGAGCCUCACAACCAGGCUAUUAUUCACCCAACACAAGACAGAGUACUCACAAUCCGUGAAAAUGCAAGAUUCCAGGGCUUUCCUGACUGCUACAAACUUUGUGGACCUGUCAAAGAGAGGUACAUACAAGUGGGCAAUGCAGUUGCAGUGCCUGUGGCUCUUGCUUUGGGGUACUCAUUUGGUAUGGCAAGCCAAGGACUCUGUGAUGACCACCCGUUAGCAACUCUCCCUUUCAAGUUCCCUGAAUGCCUUGCAAAGCCAUCUUCUACGCCUAGGAACCUGGGUUCAUGAGAUUGAUUCAGUUGAAGGUGAAGCCAUUCUUAACCUUAUAAUUGUUGUCCCAUUCUCAUUUAUGAUUCAGCAUUUGGUCUAUUUGUAGGCAGCCCAAUGUACGAAUCUGGUUCAUCUUUGUGAGCCUUUUAACUUCCCAGUAUGGUAUUAUUUAAUUUUAUUGAAAAUUAUGCAGCUCCUCUAUUAGGUGUGAGUAAAUGGAUACAAUCCUCGCAACUUUUGGUUUCAGCAA